AUGAUUGUGAAAUUGAUCUUCCUGCUGUCACUUCUUCAAGUUGGACUGACUCAAAAUGUGAAAGUCCACACUCCAGGUGUUGUGACAGCGUGGGAAGGUUCUUCUGCACAGAUUCCAUGUCAUUACAGUUAUCCUUCACAUCUGGCAAACCAACCGCGAGUCGGAAUCUGGUUUUAUCAAAAGCGAUUGGAAACAUGGUCAGUAGCUUUCCACUCCAAGAAUCACAGCAAUGAGAUGCCUCAAUUUCGCCAUCGGACCCAGCUGUCUGGAGACCUAAAAGAUGGAGACUGUUCCCUGAGUAUAAACAACAUCACACAGGAAGAUGCAGGACUAUAUUAUUGCAGAAUAAAAUUUGAUAAUGCAAAUAGUUACAGCUACUUUACUGUAACCCAUCUUCGCAUUUCUGAUUUCACAGCUAACUCCAUAACAUUCCCGACAGAAAUUAUAUCGAGUGACUGUGUGAACCUCAGCUCCAUGUUUAACACCACGUGCACUGGAACCGCUCCGGCCUUAACCUGGGACUCUCCCACUGCCGUACGUGGAUCAGUCUCAAGCACUGUAACUCAGCAUGGUGCCACUCUGACCUAUACUUCUGUUCUGGCCCUGACACUCACACACCAGGGACAAACUCUCACCUGCAGAGUGAGCCACCCACCCGUUCUGUCAGAGCAGACACUAGUACUGACUGUACAAGAGAGAGACUGCAAUGAAUGGGCAGUAGGAUUGGUCUCAGCUGGAAUCAUGUUGACUGCUUUCCUGGCUGGAAUCUUCAUCUUACGGUGUGCGCAAAAGAGGAAGACAGCGGCUGAGGAGGCAGCUGCAAAGACCAAUGAGAAUGCACCGACCGACAGUCAACUCUCUGUGAGACACCAGGAUAACUUGGUGGUUACUGACCAUCAGAACACAACUCGGGACACCACUAGAGUUGGGGAGACACCAGCUCCCCGGGCUGUCUUUGCUCGUGCAGUGGUAGGAGAUGCUAGACACCAAAACGGAAAUAAAGACCUUCUCUACGACAAUAUCAUCUUCUCAAAGCUGCCCAGCAGAGACGGGGCUGUGCGCAGGGACAAGGACACAGAACAUGCAGAGAUCAAAUUCCAGCCAAAGUGA